AUGCUGCUGGGAAAUAUUUGCUUCUUGCUUGACGUGCCGCUACAAAAUGGAGGGUUUCAGCCGACGCACUACAUCGGACAGCCGCGCCUCACUUGCUCUAGCGGAUUCAGUCCCGGCAGCCAUAACUCGACCGACGACUCUGCCUGGGCGAAGAAACUCCUGCUCUCAUUUGACGGCGGCGGUAUCAGGAGGCUUUCCAGCCUCUUUAUCUUGAAAGAAUUGAUGGUGCAAAUCCAAAUGAUCGAGCUCGAAGAUGAUGUCAACCCUGCUACGCACAGCUUCUGUCCAUUGGAAUAUAGGCCUCCCAGAGUCAACGCUGAGCCCAUUGCUAAUGGGAACGGGAGGAGGAGUUUGAGUCUUCCGCUAAUGCCGAGGAUUAGUCCUAGUGAUGAACCACAAACAGGAGUGGACCGGAAUACACAUAUCUGCCAUGCCACUACUUCGACUUCAUUGCCGGCACAUCGACUGGAGGUAUUCGGCAAGCCAAGGACAUUCUGCGCCAGAUCUCCGCUCUACUGGAACAGAGGCAAAUACCACUCUGGCAACGUCGAAAAGGUCGUCAACCACGUUGCCGAAAAGUAUAAUCCCUCUGUCCAGACGCCGGGAUGGGCCAGAAUCACCCUCAACUGUCCAGAGACACUCUGCAAAACCAUGGUCUUUGCUACUCAAGAGGACGACAUGCGGCCUUAUAUAUUUCGCUCAUACGAUCACAAAUUGAAGACGACAUCGGCUUUUCACUACAACCCCGGCGGCGCUGACACGAAUCCCAUGUCCGUUGUGGGAAGAGCAACCUCCGCUGCUCCAGGAUAUUUCAAUCCGUUUCCAAUUGGCAACAAGACUUUUCUGGACGGCGGGCUCGUUGCGAACAAUCCAACCCAUUAUGCAUACCACGAAGUCAGGCUCCUGCAGAACAACAGACCUCCAAUGUUUGUCUUGAGUAUCGGGACUGGAAAAAAGAACAAGCGGUCCUUCAAAAGUCUCGAAAGGUUCUUCCCACACUGGGCUCCGUUCAUUUCUCUGGAGCUGAACAAUAAGAUUGCCAAGUCCGAGUCGGCGCACGAUCAAAAGCGGGAACAGCUAGAUCAGCGGCCAACAUGGGAGGCUUUCGAAUACGCUAGGUUGACCGUCACCACCGACUUUGGUCUGGGAUGGAUGAAACUCGAGGAAUGGAAGAGGAAGGCCUUGUCAAGAACACGUGCCAGGGACGCUCAACUGACAGCUCGGGAGUUCAAACACGACAGGGAGUACUCACGGGAGAAACGAUCGAAACACCACGAUACGGUGGAGUUUCUUGAAAUCAGGACAAGGCUAUACCUAUCCCAGGACGGCGUCAAAAAUCAAUUGCAACGCCUUGCCAGAUCCCUGGUGGAGACCAGGGGACAGCGGAGCAAGACAUGGAAGUGGGAGCACUUUGCCACAGGAGACACCUGGCAAUGUCCAAUUCGCAGUGACGACGGCUGCAAUGGUGACAGAUUCAAUACCCAGAGGGACUUGGAACGCCAUCUUGCCAAGAAACAUGGGGAGGGCCCGCACAGGGCCACCAGAGAAUGUGUGAUCCCGUAUUGAAUUGACCACAUUUCUCCAGUCCGCUAUUGAUGGUAUAAGCGCAUGUGUAUAUGUCGGCAAAAGACAAAUGUGUUUAUGGAAGCAUUUCCACUGGCAAGGCCUGAAGCGCGAGGGAAACAUGGAAUAGG